AUGGAUAUCAACAUCAAAAUAAAUGGAGAAAUAAAGAAGGUGAAUGGAAAGGAACUUAGUUACAAUGAAUUUGUUGAAAGAUAUAUGGAGAAGAACAAGCCAGUGGUGCUAACUUUCAUUUCAUACUUCACCUUGGCCAACUUGGUGCUGCUUUGCUACAUAAAUAGAAGAAAUGGAAGUACAACUGGAAACUCGUCAAGAGUAGCUCAGCAUGUAUCCAUGAAUAUUGGGUCCAUUAGGAAGAUUGCAUCAGAGAUGAAACACAGUGGUGGUCUAGAAGGGAAUCAUGAUUGCAUUGUGGAUAUGAUAAAAACAUUUGAAGAUCCCAGGUUUUCCAAAUUCUGCAUGCAAGUGGGAAAAACAUAUUUAAUGAUAAACGGGCAAUCCAAUUUGUUCUCUGAUUUUGUGGGUGCUUCCAUGGUUGAUUUGGUGGAUCUCGAUAUUUUGAAAGCACAUACUUCUUCUCAGAUUUACGCACCUGAAGAACUCAUUAAGUUUAUAGACAACGCCAUUGCAAAACUGGGUGACUUUUACAUCGAGUAA